AAAAAGAACGGAUCAUUCGAAUCUCCUAUAAAAAGCAAUGGCCAUCAAUCCAGCACUCCGAGUUGGACGUGAGCAAUCCAAACGGUGACACCGAGCGAAAUCAAGUAAGCAACAAGCAGAGCAGUGCCACUCGGAUCGAGUUCAGGUAAUCAGGCACCCAUCCAUUAAGCAAUGUCGCUGGUGCGCAGCGGCAACGUGUUCGACCCGCUGUCGGUGGACUUCUGGGCUGACGCCGACCCGUUCGGCGUUGUCCGCCCGCUCGCCGAGCGGUGCCCUGUCCUCACCAACGUCCGCGUCGACUGGAAGGAGACCCCCGGAGCGCACGUGUUCAGGGCCGACCUCCCCGGCGUGAGGAAGGAGGAGGCCAAGGUCGAGGUGGAGGACGGCAACGUGCUCGUCAUCAGCGGCGAGCGCGCCAGGGAGGAGGCCGGCAAGGACGGCGUUUGGCGCCACGUCGAGCGGAGCAGCGGCAAGUUCCAGCGGCGGUUCCGCCUGCCGCGCAACGCCAAGGUGGACCACGUGCACGCGUCCAUGGAGAACGGCGUGCUCACGGUCACCGUGCCCAAGGAGGAGGUCAAGAAGCCGCAGGUCAAGGCCGUCGAGAUCUCUGGUUAAUCAAUCCAUUCACUUGCAUGGACGAGAGACCACACGAUAGUAAGUGUCAUUAAUGUUGUGCUUUGUUGUUAAGCUGUGCUCAGUGUCAUGAAGUCAGAUACGGAGUAUGUGAUGCGUCGUAGUGCACCUGUGCGUUUGUGGCUGCAUGCUGUGUAUGUAUGAUCCGUGGAGUCGAAUAAACUUGUAUGGUUGCAUGCCUGUA